CGACACUCGAUCGGAUCCGACCACUCGACACUACACGAGCACGAGAUUCAACUUCCCAUCACUCCUAUCACUCCAUCUCCACCAAAAGAAGCCAAGAGUCUAGCGGCCAAGGCAGUUUUGUUGGUACAGUGGGUCGUGAUGGUUGUUGAACGAUCGCUUGUCAUUUAUGGAUGGGGUCAAGUCUUGUCUGAGGGAUCCAUCUUUUGGUGGUAUGGAGUACUCACGUUUGCGCGUUAUCUCGGUGCAUGGAGUCGCUGGGGAUGGGGCUGGAACGCCCUCUCCACUUCUAAAUCCAAGCCUUGGUCCGCUGCGCUCGUCGAAUCUCUCGUCAUCUUUACCUAUGGAUUUACACAACAGUUUAUGGAGCGCUUUGGAAAGAACCCAGGGGACCCAUACACUGCCAAGGAUAUCGAGCAUAUUUCGAUCGCAGUCAUGUUUUGGGGUGGUGGAUUAGUCGGAAUGGCAGUCGAAUCUCCAAUGGUUCGAGGAUGGAUAUUUGGUGAAGAAGAACCAGCACCAAAAGAAGAGGAUAGUGGACUUUCGAGUCCUAAAGGCCGAAUGUCUCCCCAUACCAGAAAGGGCAGCGAUAUUCACCACCAUCCUCAUCAUCAACACCACCCCUCCAACACGACCCUCCCUCCAACCCCCUCCCGGCCCUGGUCAUUGGGGUCACUGGCCUCGCCAUGA